CUUGCCUAAGGAUAGGGCGCCUUGAAUAAAACAAUUCACACGUUUAGAGAUUGGCCGUGCGUUACACCAAAACAGAGCUGAAACUGAGAGCUAUUUGACAAAUGAACACGAAAUAGUAAAUUGCUGCACUUUCAUGCACUUGAACUGAAUAAAAUGAGUGAAAUAAGAUAAAUUAUAAGUAAAAAGUCGAGUGCUUGUACGUUUGUGUAUAUCAGUAAUCAAAAGUUGUCAGGUGUUUUUACCAACUUUUUAACUCCAGCCGCUGUUCAGAUUGCUGUAAAUGCGAUGGUUAAUGAUGCUCAGUGAUAAGGAUUUAAAUUAAUAUUUAAUAUAAUGAUAAACAUGGAUUACGUAUUUUUACAUCAUGAACGAGUGCUAAACCUCAUUUUGUGAUUAAUUAAAAGCUAUUAAUUAGUGAACUAGACUCGCCCGGUUAUUUCCUUCCCUGUAAAGAAACUAUGUAUUCCAGCGGUAAUUUUCUUACACUACCAGGACUAGAGACCAAUAAUAUGGGACUAGAGACCCAUAAUAUGGGAUCAGGUAAUUUGGUAAACGGUAGGCUUGAUCCAGAAAGGAAUAUAUUCAAAAGAGGACUAACUUCAAAUGGUGCUUAUGAUGCUACUCAACGUCAUUUUGAUAGUUUGGAUAAUUUAAGUGACACCGAAAGUGAAUUUCGGAAAUAUAAUCUUCCUCAAACGUUGAUCACUCUCCCAGCAAGAUUCAAAAAUCCAAAAAUCUCUCAGGGUGGAUCAUUGAUGACAAAUGACAACUCGUUUGAAGACAAUAUUGUUGAUAACAACAACAAAGAAGGUGAAAAGCUUAAGGGUAAUGCAACAAAUACUAGUAAUAAUGAUCACUUUUCUAUACAUCCAUCGGCGCAGCCAGGAUCAAGAAUAGUACAAGAGCACAAUCAAAAUGGGAAAUGUAAUGGAGAAAAUGGAUCAUCCGAGGACUGUACAAAAGAUAUCAGUUUGGCAUUACAGUGGCUGAAGCAACAAGUGUUGAUGCUCAAACAACAAGAUAAGGCAUUAGCUCGACAAUUCUUGGACCUUGGUGCCCAAAUCCAUCAGUUAAGAGGAAAUGACUUCUUCCGACAGCCACAACAUAGACCAAGCAAAUCUUCUGAAUAUCAACUAACAGGCUCUAAACUAAGUCGUAGCUUUGCAUCACUCAAUGAUGAUAACUUUUUCUGGGCCCCUUCAGUGGGUUCAUUGAGACCCCUUGGCAGAACAAUCAAUGAGAACCAAGCCUCAUUUUUUGAAUUUCGUUCAAGAGCAACUUCAAUGGUAUCUGUAGUACCUUCAUGUACUUCCCCGCCACAUGAAAAGACAAAAAGUUUUUUUGAUGAUGAAUUUACCGAAUGUAUAAACUCACUCGAUGAAAGCACACAUUUAUAGGAUUAUUGAGACACCGAGACACACCAUGAUAAAUCAAGACACACCAUGAUAAAUCUUGCAUUUGACGACAGAAAAUACCCAGCAUGCCCAUUAACUUCAUGUAAUUAGGUCUGGAUUCAUAUGCCAUAGAACUACUUUCUUGACAUCUGAAAUGAAUCCUUUAAAAUUAGUUUUGGGUGGUUAAAUCUCUCAACUUUAAAUCUAUGUUAAUAAAGGAUUUGAAGUGCAAUCAUCUACAUGUACAUAACAUGUUUUGAAAUAUUGUACUGCA